AGGAGGAAAAAUAUAAAACAAGUGUAGAUGGAGAAAUAGUUAAAAGAUAAACCAGAAACGGGGGGGCACUUGUUUCGCCACGGACGCUUUCAUCCCUCAUUCAAUGCUGUACCAACCUCUGCCCCUCUUCUUCCCUUUCAACCCUUCCUCAGCCUCCUGCUGCUCCUCUGUAAUUUCUACUCCCUCUCAUAUCUCCUCCUUGCCUCCGUCGUCUCCUCAGGGAAAAUCAGGAAUGGAGUGUGUAGAAGCAAGAGCCUUGAAAACCAGUUUGUGGCCGGAGAUGGGUUUGAAACCGAGCCAACAAGUGUCUUGUGAUGAUGAUUGUUUUGUUAAUGGCUCAAAUGGCUUGGCUGGGGACGAUUUUUUCGUGGACGGCUUUUUUGACUUCUCUAAUGGAGAUUUGGAAGAGGGUAUUUUUGAAGGACAAUUAGAAGAGAAGGACUAUGCGUCUGUUUCUUCUCAGGAACAAGCGGAGAACGAUAACUCCAACUCUAGCGCUUUUUCCGAAAAAGAUGAUUUUGGGUCUGUUCCCGGCAGCGAACUCAGCGUUCCGGCGGAUGAUUUAGCGAACCUUGAAUGGUUAUCUCAUUUCGUGGAGGAUUCUUUCUCAGAAUUCUCGCAACCUUACCCAGCGGGAAACCCAACAGUGAAACCCCAAGGUGAGUCCUUGAACCGGUAUGAAACGGAGCCUGGAACGACAACGGUGAAAGUCCCGGUUUUCCUGACGCCUAUACCAGGCAAGGCGAGAAGCAAGCGUGCGAGAACCGGCGGGAGAGUGUGGUCUCUCGCGUCGCCUAGGCUUCCGGAAUCCUCUUCGACGUCGUCGUCGUCUUGCUCUUCCACGUCGUCUUCUUCAACGUCCUGUUUUACCUUCCUGAACAGCGGCCAUAACCUGGAACGGUUGUGCUAUACUGGCGGAAACCCGCCGGCGAAGAAGCAAAAGAAGCCGGGGACGGAGACGGGUGGGGCCCAACCGCCCCGCAGGUGCAGCCAUUGUCAUGUUCAGAAGACCCCACAGUGGAGAACCGGUCCUCUGGGGGCCAAGACCCUGUGUAACGCUUGUGGGGUUCGCUACAAGUCCGGUCGGCUCCUACCGGAGUAUCGGCCGGCUUGUAGCCCGACGUUCUCGAACGACGUUCACUCUAACAACCACCGCAAAGUAUUGGAGAUGCGACGGAAGAAAGAGAUGAUGAUGAUGAUGAUGAGUGAGCCAGAGUCCGGAUUGGCUCCGGCGGUGCAGAGCUUCUAAAACAUAGAUAGGAAAUAGGAAACGGGAGAAGAGACUUCAACCCAACCCGGUCGAGCCGUUGCGGUUCGAGUGUAUAUUCCGCAGUGAUAGUGUGUGCAGUGUAGCAUAGAAUGAUAGGAAUAGGACCUGUAGGCUUUGUAGUUUUGUAGUCAUGUAACGGAUUCGGAUCAGGCAGUUUCUUUUCUUGUUAGUGUAUUUCUUUUCAUUGAUUUAUUUGCAAUGUUAGAGUCUGAGUAGUGAGCAGAGAAAGGGAUAGAGAGAGAAAGAGUUCUUCUAUUAAAUACUUUUAAUUGAGAUUUUCUGACUGCUUUUUAAGUGAGGAAACAAGAGUUUCAGCUUUUGCAUUGCGGUUUCAA